UCUUUUUCUGUAGACGUUGGAAAAACAAAAGAAAGACAGACAUCAUUAUCGGCAGCACUUGGAGGGGGUCUCGGUGGUGGCAGUGCGUUGCUUAUAAUCAUUGUUAUCGCUGGAAUGUUUUGGUUUCGUAAAAGGCGAAGAUCACGCACAGAACUGGAUACUUUAGAAAACAAUGAUUUACUUCAUGAUGCACAAAGGGAUUAUGACACAGUGGACGCUAAUCUUCCUGAGGUUGAACUCAACGAUCUGAGGCGAAGGCCGAACACGGAGCAAAAUGAUUUACAGAACAAUGAUAUAGUUCAAGAUGCUCGAAGAGAUUAUGACAUAGUGGAUACUAAUCUUCGUGAGGUUGAACUGAACGAUCUGAGGUAUGAGACUCUUGAAGUAAGUGAGGUUUACACGAUUGAUCAUACAUCUGCUUAUUCGAGCAUCCCCGAACAAGAGGAUGACAUCAUUACAUACGAAAAUGUUAUUGGUGGACUCUAG